UGAUCUUUACAAGAUAAUAGGUACUUUCUUAUAAAUAUGAAUGUACCCGCGAGGAGUUGGUGGUGUGCGCUGAGGCUAGACGAGUUAAAAACAGUCAGUCUAAAAACAAAAGGUCAAGAUAAACCCGACCUCUUUAGGGACUUUCUAUUCAUGCAGAUGCAGAAACCUGCAGCUUAACACAGGAAACCUUUGAAGCACGCAUCAUGUGGUUCAGUUUCUGUUUCUUGAGAGGAGCAGCACAUUCCACAAGAGAAGGAGUAGAAUUACUACCAGUUCUUCGUAAGAAAAUGAAUUUCACAACAUGUCAGCGAAUCAGUUUUGACUUUUCAGGCAAAUUCUUGCCUCCUGUUUACAUCUUGGUGUUCAUCAUCGGCCUGGUCGCCAAUGGAUGGGGAUUGAAGUCUUUGCUGCACAACUGGAAGAAACUGGGUAACGUCAACGUGUUUGUUCUCAACCUGGGACUCGCCGAUAUUCUGUAUCUGCUCACUGUUCCAUUUGUGGUGGUGUACUACUUAAUGAAGAGUAAAUGGAUCUUUGGAGAGGCGUUCUGCAAGAUAACAAGAUUCUGCUUUAACGUGAAUUUGUAUGGCAGCAUUGGAUUCCUCACCUGUAUAAGUGUAUACAGGUACCUGGCGAUUGUCCACCCAAUGAGAGUGAUGGGAAGAAUAACUGUCAAGCACUCAGUGACUAUCUCAGCCUUGGUUUGGACUAUCGCGGGUGUGCUUAGUCUUCCAGACAUGUUCUACCCCAAACAUCGUGACAGAGACACUCUCAAAUGCUACGAUACCACCAGCGACAACCAUGUGGAGGAGUACCUGAAAUACAGCCUUGGGUGGACCGUCAGUGGGUUUUGUAUUCCACUCCUCAUCACACUGGGCUGCUAUGGGCAUGUGAUUGUUCUCGUCUGUCGCACAAAUACCAUCGACAAGGUGCUGAAACAGAAGAGCUUAAGGUUGUUGUUCAUCUUGAUUCUUCUUUUCUCUGUUUGUUACAUCCCUUACCAUGUCCUGAAAAACCUCAACCUCUGGGCGAGAGUCCUGACCAAACAGGGGAAAUGUCGUGGAUGGUUUAAUGGAGUCUACAUUGCUCGUCAGAUAAGUCGUGGCCUCGUGUGUCUGAACAGUGCUCUCAACCCUCUGGUGUACCUCCAUGGCCAUGAAGAUGUUAAUGCUCUGCUCAGACGACUGCUCCAGCGGGUUCGUCGGAUGUUUAGCCGCACGUCUCCUUCGUCGAGCUUCAACAGUGUUCCAGUGACGAACAUCACACAUGACUUUUAAAAGAAAGAGAACGCUGAUAAUUCUGUGUAAAUGACUCUGUUAAAAUGUGUUGUAUUGCAUGCCUCUUACACAUUUAUGUCCUAAGUCAAGUUUUAUAUAUAUAAAGUGUUCAUUAAACUGUUAAAAAAAAGAAGAAGUGCUGUUAUGGGGGGGCCUCUGUGCUAAACUUGGUCUGUGGUUCAUGAAGAGGAAGUUGAUGGUGUUAAUAAAAACAGGAUGCAAAUUGUACCAGUUUCAUUUUCUGCCACACAGCUGCCCCAGAUGCACUUCUGAGGGAAUAUUGAUAGUAAUUCUAAUGGAAAUAUUAAAUAAAGGACGGGUGAUUAUCAUUUAAA